UUAACUAAAAACUUACCCGCACUCCCCAGCAAAAAGCUUCCCCGGUCUAAUCCAAGUUCAGAUCCCAAAUUUACACUUUUUUCCUGAAUCUCAACCCCUUACCUACUUCCCGCCGUGCGUCGCGGCCAAGCCUGGGAGGGGGAAGUGAGACGCGCUGUGUUACCCAGCAUCCCCUAAAGCGCUGCUCCGGCCUCUCCACCCCGCGGUGCCUCGUGCUGCUGCACGGCUUGUGGGUCGAGGUAGUGGUUGUCGGCGGUCUGAGUGAAAUUGGACGGGAACUCCACCGCGAAGAUGGAGGGACCUUUGUCGGUGUUCGGGGACCGCACCACUGGGGAAGCGAUCCGCUCCCAGAACAUCAUGGCUGCAGCUUCUAUUGCAAAUAUUGUAAAAAGUUCUCUUGGUCCAGUUGGCUUGGAUAAAAUGUUGGUGGAUGAUAUUGGUGAUGUAACCAUUACUAAUGAUGGUGCCACCAUCCUGAAGUUACUGGAAGUAGAACAUCCUGCAGCUAAAGUCCUUUGUGAGCUGGCUGAUCUGCAAGACAAAGAAGUUGGAGAUGGAACUACCUCCGUGGUUAUCAUUGCAGCAGAACUUCUGAAAAAUGCAGACGAACUAGUCAAACAGAAAAUUCAUCCCACAUCAGUUAUUAGUGGCUAUCGACUUGCCUGCAAGGAAGCAGUGCGCUAUAUCAAUGAAAACCUAAUUAUUAACACAGAUGAACUUGGAAGAGAUUGCCUGAUUAAUGCUGCUAAAACAUCCAUGUCUUCCAAAAUUAUUGGAAUAAACGGUGAUUUCUUUUCUAACAUGGUAGUAGAUGCUGUGCUUGCUGUUAAAUACACUGAUUCAAGAGGCCAGCCUCGCUACCCGGUCAAUUCUGUGAAUGUUCUGAAAGCCCACGGGCGAAGCCAGACAGAAAGCAUGCUGAUCAAUGGCUAUGCACUCAACUGUGUGGUGGGAUCUCAGGGCAUGCCCAAGAGAAUCGUUAAUGCAAAAAUUGCUUGCCUUGACUUCAGCCUGCAGAAGACAAAAAUGAAGCUUGGUGUGCAGGUGCUUAUUACAGAUCCUGAGAAACUGGACCAAAUUAGACAGAGAGAAUCAGAUAUCACAAAGGAGAGAAUUCAGAAGAUCCUGGCAACUGGUGCCAAUGUUAUUCUAACCACUGGUGGAAUUGAUGACAUGUGUCUGAAGUAUUUCGUGGAGUCGGGUGCAAUGGCAGUUAGAAGAGUCUUAAAAAGGGACCUUAAGCGCAUUGCUAAAGCUUCUGGAGCAACUGUCCUAUCUACCUUGGCCAAUUUGGAAGGUGAAGAAACUUUUGAAGCUACAAUGUUGGGACAAGCAGAAGAGGUGGUACAGGAGAGAAUCUGUGAUGAUGAGCUGAUCUUAAUCAAAAAUACAAAGGCCCGAACAUCUGCAUCAAUUAUCUUACGUGGGGCCAAUGAUUUCAUGUGUGAUGAGAUGGAGCGCUCUUUACAUGAUGCACUUUGCGUGGUGAAGAGAGUUUUGGAGUCUAAAUCUGUGGUUCCCGGUGGGGGUGCCGUAGAAGCAGCCCUUUCCAUAUAUCUUGAAAACUACGCCACCAGCAUGGGAUCUCGGGAGCAGCUUGCUAUUGCAGAGUUUGCAAGAUCUCUUCUUGUCAUUCCUAACACACUGGCAGUGAACGCUGCUCAAGACUCCACAGAUCUGGUUGCAAAGUUAAGGGCUUUUCAUAAUGAGGCUCAAGUUAACCCAGAACGUAAAAAUCUAAAAUGGAUUGGUCUUGAUUUGAUCAAUGGUAAACCAAGAGAUAACAAGCAAGCAGGAGUGUUUGAACCAACCAUAGUUAAAGUAAAGAGCUUGAAAUUUGCAACAGAAGCAGUGAUUACUAUUCUUCGAAUUGAUGAUCUGAUUAAAUUACACCCAGAAAGUAAAGAUGAUAAACAUGGAGGUUAUGAAGAUGCUGUUCAUUCUGGAGCCCUUGAUGACUAAUGUGAUGUAAUUUAUAAUUUUAGAUGCAGUUUCUUGUAUCUUGAGUGUUACACAUUAAAGUACAGCAGCCUGAUAGCUUGUAUUCCUGAGAAAUCAGAGAGUUUUGCUUUUUGCUUUGUUCCUUAUUUCUCCAUAUAUUACAACUUACUACUUCAUUAGUUUAAAGAGAAAUGAGAUUGAAGUUUAGAUUAAGUGAUUCUACUGUUAAGCAGUUCAUCCUCUGAACACACAUUGCUGUUCCCAUCCCACCCCCAAUGCACAGGGCUGCAACACCCCGCAUUCCACCCAUUCUCUCCAGUGUGUGUAACAGUGUCACAAGAAUCUGACAGCCAGAUGCUCCUAGAGGAUGACCCAUUUGUAGCCUUUUGUUCAGUGUUGUGCUAAAGGGGAAGAAAAUUUUCUUAGAUCUGUUUUUUUCCUUUUCCAGUACCAAACUCAGGACCUUGUACUUGCCAGGCAGGCACGAUGCCACUGAGCUACAUCCCAGUCCUUGAGUCAUUUAUUUUAAUUUCUUUUGUUACAGCUUUUUGAAGCUGGGCCCUGUUAUUUAGUUCAGGCCAACCUUGUACUUGGCAGCAGUUCUUCCUUAGCUUCCAGCAUGUGUACCACCAUGGGACCUAGGUUAAAAACCCAAACUUGUGUCUUUUUGUUCCUAACAUUAUACCAGCCAAACUACUCUUCAAAUUUAAAUUUUAAAUUAACUGCUUUUGGAAUAAAUUGACACUUCUGACAUUCACUGUUGACUACCUUUCCUUGUUCUUUAAAAAUUAUCCUCCCUCAUGGCACUGGGGAUCAAA